AUGGCAAGCGCGGCAGCGGCGGCGUUGGGCCGCGGUUUCGGGACCGUGACACAGGCUGUGCUGUGCGUCCGGUACCGAGGUGCGCCGCCGAUCGUGUCGCCGCACCCCGCUCUGCUAAUACACACCCGCGCCGGCCGCCCAGGGCUCGCUGCGCCGUUGCAUGCUGCCAGGGCGUCCUCAAAACCGUCGGCCCCCAAGCAGCGCUGGCAGUGCAACGAGUGCGGGCGCAUGCACGUACAGUGGUUUGGCCAGUGCCAGGGCUGCAGGGGCCGGGGCACGCUGGAGGCAGUAGUCACGCUACCAGAGGCGCGCGGCGGCGGUGAGGGCAUGUCUGCUGCGCGCCGCCUCAUCCAGGGGGUCGCGCCCGCACCCCCCACGGCGCCGGCGCCGUCCGACGCCGCCCAGGCGGCCGUCGCCGCCGCGGCCGUGCAGGCGGCGGCGGCGGCGGCGCGCGCGGCGGGCGCGGCUGGUGGCAGCGGAGUUCUUGUUGGUGGCGAGGACGACCUGCCGGACUACGCUGCGCUGGAGGCCGAGGCGGAGGGCGCGUAUGACCCCGAUGCGGGGGACCUCUUCCCGGGCAGCGCCCGCGCAGACGGCGGCGGCGGCGGCGGCAGCAGAGGCACCAACAGGCUGCCGCGGCAGGGUACUGGCAGGGGCGGCGGCGGCGGCUCGGGCGCCGCGCUGCCGGCGCGCCGCGCGGGCGCCGGCGCGUGGGUGUCUGGCGGCGGCGCGGGCGCGCCCGAGCUGAUCGGGACCAUCAGCCGCGACGAUUCGUCGGCGCGCCUGGCGCUUCCCGGGGCGACAGGCGCUGAGGUGGCGCGUGUCCUGGGGGGCGGCGUGGUGCCCGGCAGCCUGGUGCUGCUGGGGGGUGACCCCGGGGUGGGCAAGUCAACGCUGCUGCUGCAGGUCGCGGCCAUGGUGGCGCGCGCAUGCCAGGAGGGCGGGGCCGACGACGACGCAGGGGCGAGCAGCAGCGGCUCUGGGGCCGCCUCUGGGGCCGAGGGGGGGGCGGACGCAAUGGGGGAGGAUGCGCCGCUGUCAGCCAGGCGGCCGCGGCAGCAGACGAUUGGACAAGAGGCGGCGGGCGUCGGUGGCAGUGCGGCGGAGGGCAUGGGUGCUGAGGUGGAGGGGCCCGGAGGUGGCGCGGCUGUGGCGGUGCCGGCGGCCUUCCGGGGGC